UGCUCCACUAAUUUGGAGACAGCGCGCGCUUGCGGCGCCCAAGAAUGCGGGGCGUAGCCAUUUUAUCUUAUCUUCACUGCAUGUCACAUUAAUGCCUCUCCAUAUGGCCUGCGCCAACUCUUCCGCGCGAUUGCUCGCUCGUACGAGAUGUAUUCUUUUCUCAUUAGUAUGUCGGUGGACACUUUUUUUGCGGCUGCUCUGGGAACGCGUCCAAUGGCGCGUCAUCCUCAUUUUGCCUCGCUCUAUUGUUGUUUUUGCGGAGAUCUACUACAAAAGCAUCGGUAGAAAGCCUAGAGCAUAUGAGCACAGGCAUUUCUGGCUGGACUGAGACAUGUUAUUUCGCAACCUGAGAACGAUGAUAGAUCAGAUCAUCCCGUCUGACGACGUCUGACGACGCUUUACCACAAUAGGAAAGAGCAGGCUUAGCUAGUAACCAGCACGGUGAAAGGAG